CCGGAGUCACCCAACAGCAAUUGCAGCCGAAGAUGGCGCCCGUGUCCGUCCAGCAGUUUGAGAAGGCCGUGGAGGGGCUGAAGAAAAUGGCGAAGGAGCAACCGGCCGAUGUCGUGCCCAUGCCUGCCGGGGAGAAGAAAGAGAAGAAGGGCCUAUUCGGUGUGAAGCACGCCCACACAGAGCUCCUCGAGCUGUGCAAUAUGAUCUACGACGAGGGCUUCAAGUACUCCGACGGCACCGUCGCCAUCCCCUUCGGCAUCCUCUUCAAGGUGUAUUCGGUAAUCAACAACCGAGUGGUCGGUCUCCUGGCCAAGGCGAGGAAGUACGGCCUUCUUUAUUUCGAGGGAGAAAUGCUCUAUCAGGUGCGGGACGACGACAAGCCGAUCAUGCUGCUGAAGCCGAUUGAGAAGCUUCGCCAGGAGCUGUCCGGGCUGAACUGAAGGACGACUCGGAAAGGCCCCGGCCGGAGGUCGGGAGGUCACCGGUCUGAGCUGGCACGGCCGUGGCCUGCUGGCAGAGGUCAUCUGUGCCACCUGUGAAGGUCACCAUCUGAUGACAGUGCCAUCUGUCUGAGGGGGGGGGGCGGUCACAGCCUGCUGGGAUGCCAUUUAUCUGGACGGUGCUGACCUACAGCAGCUCGCCGGCGCUCAGGCUUGCCAUGUACUGUUGCCUGCUUGUCAAACUAUUCCGCAGCCUUUCGUUUUUAAAUACAGCUUAAGCCAUGCUUUGCACUGACAGGUGCAGGCGCUUUGUUGUUACUUUCCUGUUUAGUAGCUGGUCUUUUGGAAGCAAGCAAUCAAUGGCGUGACAGAAAUGGUCUACAUAUCGCUUGUUAUGUUACACAACGUGAGGCAUGGUGGUAAGCAGUUUUCUCCAGAAUGUUUACUUCGCUUUCAUCUUGCCAGAUAUUUUUCCGAGCCUGAGUCCUACGUUCCUGAAGCUGUUUUUUCGUUCAUCAGUGCGGAAAACAAUUGCUGCCUUCCAGCAGCAGUGAGUGCUUCCUCAAUACAUUAUACCGGCUCAA